CGCGGCUCGGGUCUCCCUCCCCCUAGACCGCCCCGUGCGGAAGCGGCGGCCUCGAGCUCACUGAGUGACGGUUGGAAGCUGCUCUCUUGUGUCUGUCCCCGUCGGUCAGGCGACAUGUCCAAGAACACCAGCACCGACAAGUUCCGCCGGGUUAAUGUCGAUGACUACGACGAGAACAAUUACGUGGACGAGGAGGACGGAGGCGAGAACCAGCUGGGACCUGACGAAGCCGAAGUGGACGCUUCCAUCAGGCAGGGAAAUCUGAAUGCAGCUCUCCAAGCAGCACUGAAAAAUCCUCCAAUUAAUACGAAGAACCAAGCUGUUAAGGAUCGCGCAGAAAAUACUGUUCUUAAAGUUUUGACUUCGUUUAAAAGUAAUGAUAUUGAAAAGGUUGUUCAAUCCCUUGACAAGAAUAGCAUUGACCUCCUGAUGAAGUACAUCUACAAAGGUUUUGAAAAACCAUCAGAAAAUAACAGUGCAAUUUUACUACAGUGGCAUGAAAAGGUGUUAGCAGCUGGAGGAGUGGGAUCUGUAGUACGAGUUCUAACAGCAAGGAAAACUGUUUGAGCAAUGGAACCAGGAGCCACUGUCUGGUACAGAGAAAUUGCUGGUGCCGAGACCAAAAGAACCAGUUUGUGCAACACUGGAGUCGUAUAAUCUCCUUUUUCAUUUAAAAACAAAAAUUAGCUUGCUUUUAUGACCAGUCUGGAUAUGUAAUUAGCUCUGUUUAUUUCUGUUAACCAGAAUCAAAGGUGCAAUUUAAUCUGUUUUAUAAACUCAGUAUUUAGUACAAUUUUUGUAUCCAAGCAAGAACUUUUCUGAAGCUCAGUUUUAUUUAAAAAAGCAGUCUGGCCAGAAAAUUGGAAAUUCUUCUGUGCAGAAAAUUGUUUUUACUUGUAUAAUUGAAUAAAGGUACUAUAUAUGAAUGUAUGUUGCAGACACAAAUAUAUUGACUAAAAUUUAAUGCAUUCAUAUGCAAUUGGUUCCACAUAGUUGUUCAUGAGUAUUUUGCAUUUGUAACUGGGAUGUGUAGCUGAAGACAGCUAAGCUAUUAAAAUAUAAGUUUGAAACCA